AUGAUUUCUGCUUAUUUAGCUCGUAGUAGGGUACCUACUUUUCGACAUGCCAUCAAACGUACACUAGCCACACAGCAUAACCCAGUAGCAGAGAAGGAUUGUUCAUCUAUAACUCCACCUUAUGCAAAACUCAAUAAAAACCUUGAUCUUGUUAAGCGUAUUUUGGAUCAACGACCAUUGACUUUGGCUGAAAAGAUUGUAUACUCUCACUUGGCAAAUCCUGAAGAAACCAUUCCGGUCAGGGGUGAGACUUAUUUAAAAUUAUCUCCAGAUCGUGUAGCAAUGCAAGAUGCAUCUGCUCAAAUGGCUCUUCUUCAAUUCAUGCUAUCUGGUAUGUCUACAACCGCAGUUCCUACCUCUAUUCAUUGUGACCACUUGAUCGCAGCUCAUGAAGGAGCAGAUAAAGAUGUUGCGCAGUCUAUCGUCACCAACAAGGAAAUCUUUGACUUUUUAGAGAGUGGAGCCAAGAAAUAUGGUAUUGCCUUUUGGAAGCCUGGAAGCGGUAUCAUUCAUCAAAUUGUACUCGAAAACUACGCUGCUCCUGGUGGUCUUAUGUUGGGUACAGACAGUCAUACACCUAACGCAGGUGGUCUCGGCAUGGUUGCUAUUGGAGUAGGAGGAGCAGAUGCAGUUGAUGCAAUGGCCAACAUCCCAUGGGAAUUAAAGGCACCCAAUGUCAUUGGUGUCAAGCUGACAGGCCAAUUAGGUCCCUGGGCUAGUCCUAAGGAUGUGAUCUUGAAGCUUGCCGGAUUAUUAACCGUUCGUGGAGGCACUGGUCAUAUCAUUGAAUACUUUGGUGAAGGCGUUGACAGCUUGUCAUGUACUGGUAUGGCUACUAUCUGUAACAUGGGCGCCGAAGUAGGUGCUACGACAUCUGUAUUCCCUUAUACUAGUAGCAUGCGUUCAUACUUGCAAUCUACUGGAAGAUCUGCAGUGAGCCAAGCUGCGGACAGCAACGCUCACUUCUUGCGUGCUGAUUCUGGUGCUCACUAUGAUCAACUUAUCGAAAUCAACUUAUCCGAAGUCGAGCCUCAUAUCAACGGUCCAUUUACACCCGACUUGAGUACACCCCUGAGCAAAUUCAAGGACAUUGUAAGCCAGAAUGGAUGGAAGGAUGAGUUGAGCGCAUCACUUAUCGGCAGCUGUACAAACUCGUCAUAUCAAGACAUGUCUCGUGCUGCAUCUAUUGUCAAACAAGCUACUUCAGCCGGUGUACCACUUAAAGUCCCCUUCUUGGUCACUCCUGGUUCCGAACAGAUCCGUGCGACGAUUGAACGUGAUGGCCAGCAACAAGUGUUUGAAGAAGCCGGAGGUCAAGUCUUGGCUAACGCAUGCGGUCCUUGCAUUGGUCAAUGGAAGCGCUCAGAAAAGAAAGGAGAAGAGAAUGCAAUCCUGACAUCAUUCAACCGAAAUUUCCGUAGCCGAAACGACGGUAACCCUCAGACCAUGAACUUUUUAGCUGCACCCGAGAUUGUCACAGCAAUGGCGUUUGCAGGCAGACUCUCUUUCAACCCCAUGACGGAUACCUUGCUGGACAAGAAUGGUCAAAAGUUCCAAUUCAACCCACCCAGUGGUGACGAUCUUCCUCGCCAAGGAUUUGAAGCCGGUCGUGCAACAUAUGAACCACCAUCACCUACACCCACUCCUGAUCCUUCUGUAGAAAUCAGUAUUGAUCCCAAAUCAAAUCGCUUACAAGCCUUGGAAGCAUUCGAGCCAUGGCAUGGCGAUGAGUUUAGAAAUAUUCGUGUAUUGCUCAAGGUCAAGGGCAAGUGCACAACCGAUCACAUCUCAGCGGCUGGACCUUGGUUAAAGUAUAAGGGACAUUUGGAAAACAUUGCAGAAAAUACACUCAUCGGCGCAUUGAAUGCAGAUACCGGUAAAGUCAAUUCAGCAAUUGAUAUCACAAACAACAAAGAAGAUACCAUCCCCGAAGUGGCCAAGAGCUAUAAACGACAGAACAUUGACUGGAUGGUGAUCGCUGACCAUAACUACGGUGAAGGCUCUGCUCGUGAACAUGCUGCCCUGCAAGUACGUUAUCUAGGCUGUCCCCUCAUCAUCUCUCGUUCAUUUGCACGUAUUCACGAAACAAACCUAAAGAAGCAAGGUGUGCUGCCACUGACAUUUGUCAAUGAAAAUGAUUAUGAAAAGAUCUCCAGUGGUGACGUGAUCGAAACAGUUGGUGUCAGGGAUAUUGCACCAGGUAAACCAGUUCAACUGAUCGUGACUAAGCCUGAUGGAUCAAAAGUGACUAUUGAUGCUAAGCAUACCAUGAGUCAGGAUCAGAUUGGUUGGUUCAAGAAGGGAAGUGCAUUGAAUCUUAUUAAAAGUAUUAACCAUGUGAAAUAA